AUGAUAAAUGCCCCUGCCUCACCCUCGAAGUCUGGCUUCACGAUUUAAGAUCUCAUAUGCUCUUCUUUGAAGAGGGCCAGUCUUUGAUCACAUCUAGUACAUCCCUCCCCCACCACACACACACACACACACACACACACACUCACACACUUCCUGAUUGCCGAGCAGAGCAGCCUCUGUCAUCGCGAAUCCAUUGUCAAGAAUGGCUUGUGCCAGUCAAAGGAAUGUGCUUUUGCAUUUGGAAAAGGGUGCUUUCCACAACCAUGUUCUCAGGAUGUGCCUGCAUAAGAUGCUCCAAGUCACCUGCAGCUCUCUUCAAAAGAAAAAUCACUAGUGCUCUGCUCUUGCCGUAAUACCAAACCUUUUGACUUACGCUUUGGUGCUGCAACACUGGAAGAAUUGCACACAGGUUCCAGGAUUACCUUUUUUUCAUUUGAGUGAUUCUUUGUGGAUGGAAAAAAAUUUGAGUCUUAAUAAUUACCCUGUUUUAAAGCUAUUUCUCUAUAGUCUGAACUGCUUAAUAAAUUGGGCCACUUACCAAUGAGCCACACAGCCAGUUCUUGUCAAGAGCUGGUUGAAAACUGUGCUGUGCAUGUAGCAGGGAUGGCACAAGAAGACAGCCGUCGUGGUCAAGUGCCAUCUACCUUUUAUCAUGGUGCCAACCAAGAACUUGACCUGUCCACCAAAGUGUACAAAAGAGAAUCAGGAAGUCCUUAUUCUGUGUUAGUGGACACCAAGAUGAGCAAACCGCAUCUCCAUGAGACGGAGGAACAGCCGUAUUUCAGGGAGACAAGAGCAGUGUCUGACGUGCAUGCUGUUAAAGAAGACCGGGAGAAUUCUGAUGACACAGAAGAGGAGGAGGAGGAAGAAGUCUCUUACAAAAGGGAGCAGAUCAUAGUGGAGGUAAACCUUAAUAAUCAAACAUUAAAUGUAUCUAAAGGGGAAAAGGGUGUCUCUUCUCAGUCCAAAGAGACUCCUGUUCUUAAGACAAGCAGUGAGGAGGAAGAGGAAGAGAGUGAGGAAGAGGCCACAGAUGACAGCAAUGACUAUGGAGAGAACGAAAGGCAGAAGAAAAAGGAGAAGAUAGUGGAGAAAGUCAGCGUUACACAAAGGAGGACGAGGAGAGCUGCCUCUGUUGCUGCAGCUACCACUUCCCCUACUCCCAGAGCUACCAGAGGUCGUAGGAAGAGUGUAGAGCCACCUAAGCGUAAGAAGCGGGCCACAAAGGAGCCCAAAGCACCAGUCCAGAAAGCUAAGUGUGAAGAGAAAGAGACUCUGACCUGUGAGAAGUGCCCCAGGGUGUUUAAUACUCGCUGGUACCUGGAGAAGCACAUGAACGUUACUCAUAGGCGCAUGCAGAUUUGUGAUAAGUGUGGCAAGAAGUUUGUCCUGGAAAGUGAGCUGUCCCUUCACCAGCAAACAGACUGUGAAAAAAAUAUUCAGUGUGUUUCCUGUAACAAAUCAUUCAAGAAACUCUGGUCCCUUCAUGAACAUAUCAAGAUCGUCCACGGAUAUGCAGAAAAGAAAUUUUCCUGUGAAAUUUGUGAGAAAAAAUUCUAUACCAUGGCUCAUGUGCGGAAACACAUGGUUGCACACACAAAAGACAUGCCAUUUACAUGUGAAACCUGUGGAAAAUCAUUCAAACGCAGUAUGUCACUCAAGGUGCACUCCUUGCAGCAUUCUGGAGAGAAGCCCUUCAGAUGCGAGAACUGUGACGAAAGGUUUCAGUACAAGUACCAGCUACGCUCCCACAUGAGCAUCCACAUUGGGCACAAACAGUUCAUGUGCCAGUGGUGUGGCAAGGAUUUCAACAUGAAGCAGUACUUCGAUGAACACAUGAAAACACACACUGGAGAGAAACCCUUUAUCUGUGAAAUCUGUGGCAAAAGCUUCACCAGUCGCCCCAACAUGAAGAGGCACCGCAGAACUCACACAGGCGAGAAGCCCUAUCCAUGUGAUGUGUGUGGCCAGCGGUUCCGCUUCUCCAACAUGCUUAAGGCCCACAAGGAGAAGUGCUUUCGGGUGACCAGCCCGGUGAAUGUGCCGCCUGCUGUCCAGAUCCCACUUACAACUUCCCCAGCCACCCCAGUUCCUUCUGUGGUGAACACACCCACAACCCCAACCCCUCCAAUCAAUAUGAAUCCUAUAAGCACUCUUCCCCCUCGGCCCAUCCCCCACUCCUUCUCACACCUCCACAUCCACCCACACCCUCACCACCCACACCACCUUCCUAUCCCUCCCGUCCCUCACCUCCCCCCACCUCCAGCUCUCUUUAAGAGCGAGCCUUUAAAUCACAGAGGCCAGGGUGAGGACAACUUUCUGCGGCACCUGGCAGAGAAGAACAGUUCAGCACAGCAUCAUUAGCAUCCAUCUCCUUAAGUGUGUUCUCCAUGAGUUGUGUGCCCAUAGGUGAGUUUGCAGAGAGGGAGUUGGUGAGCAUUUCUGUAGCUGUCAGACUCUCCUCAGCCUCCACCAAGAGCUUUGUCGUUGUCGUGGCGAAUCAACACCUCCAAGGGAAUGAACAAGAAGACUACCUUGAGCUCUCAGAGGGAACUGUCAUCCAAACCAGGGGAACCGCGGAACUAAAGCCCAAUUUGCUUGCAUUUUCUGGUGACUUUUAUAAAUUUCAGAUACUCAGACUUGUGGAAUUUUAUAAUUUCAUAUCAGCUGAUGAGGUAUGCUUGCUUUUAUAUCCUGGACUUCUCCUCAAAGAGGAGACAGGCCUGGUUUCCUUUGUACUAAUCGGGAAGGCUGUGAGGUUAAUCCAGAGCAUUAAUUGUAUCACUGUGUAUCGUAAUGAAUUCUUUUCAGCUUUUGGCGCUGGCUUCAGAGUUGAGCUAGCCACGUUUCACAGUAUAUCAAGCGUUAUAGAGAAAGACAGAAAUUUUCUUCUUUGUGUAGCUCUCCUAACGCACUCUUUAUUUUACUACAGAAAUUAUUUUAGAGUUUUUGUAUAGACUUCUUUAGUAGUCUGUUUCUAAAAUGAAAUGUAUUUCAAUAAGCGGUGUAAUUUUUUCAGUGUAGCUGGACCUAUGUUGUAAAAUAGAAAAAAUUUUUAUAAUCAUCAAAAUGUGAUUCUUAAAGAUGCAUUUAACUUCUGUAGUUCAAAGUUAUUCUUACAUCCGUACAACUCGAAGGUGCUUCAGAGACGAGAUGUAUCCAAGAGGGUCUCCAGACCAGGUUACUGCAAAAACGAGGUUUUGCUUUCAGAACUUGGCAUGAGUCCUUGGUAGUUUUUUUAAUCUCUACUCAACACUCAAGUGUCUGUUAGGCUCACUGACAUGCUCCUGUCCUCCGUGUUUCAUUAAUUCAGUUGGUCCAGUCAAUGGAAUGAUUUGCAGAGGGUUGGGCCUUUUCCACGGAAGUCCCCUAAAGCGUGCAUGUUUUGAAAAUCUGGGUAAAGCCGUUUGCUGUCAAGAGGAAGAAGUAAUGGAGAUUGUUUCAUCUCAGUCACAUCUCACUCUCACUUCCCUCAGAACUGUGUUCAUGUUCCAUCUUCAUGAGAUGACAGAUUGAAGACGCGUAAUAACACUGCUUGUUUUGAGGUUGCUUUAUUUUUCUAGAAUUGUUAUGAAAAGAUAAAAUAGUACACUAACAUCACAAACAUGAUGUGAUAGUGGCUGAGAAAUUUGGAUGAGAACACAAAUUGGUUAUGAGUUUUAAAAUGUCUGUUAUAUCAGUAGAUACAUUCACAACUUUGAGCUAUUUACUGUAGUGAGGGAAAGAAAGCUCCUGCAUUUUGCUGCCCUGUCCUCUGCAGAUAAUUACGUGACAGCAGCAUUCCUGGGCGGUAAGGAGAGCAGCAUCUCCAACACCUUUAGGCAGGUUAUUUUUUCAAGUUUGGGAAACUUCUAAAGAGCACAAUCAAUCAGGAGCUUGUUAUAGGAAAGGCUAAGAGAAGGGCUAACAUAUGGGUUAUAUUUAACUGAUCAAAUUUAUCCAGACUCAAUAUAGCUAAAAAUUUUGUAUUUUUUCAUCUCAGAGAACUGAGUUCCAAAGCUCGCCUACUUUGUCUCACUCUCCCUCUCUCUAUUUUUUUAAGCUUGAAAUUUCUUUAUUUUUCUUUCCUCAGGCUCUUAAAUCAUUGCCGGAAUCAGGCUGGCUUUUAUUUAUUUUUUAUUUUUAAUAUUAAAUGUGCAGAUAUACUUCAAGCACUUUUCUGGCUGAUUAGCUCUGUGGUAGGAAAAAAUGGAACUCUUUCAAUUGAGGUUAAGUCCCUAUUUUUAAAAUAUCACAUUCUCUAUUAGCUUUUUGGUUUAAUAUUUCUAAAUUUUUUCCUUCUGAUUAUUGCCUUUGUCUUUUAUAAUGAGCAUAGGAAAAUUCUGGAAUGAGGCAGAAAAGUAUCUCAAGACAUAUACUUUUCUUCCUGAUGUUGGAUGUAAUUUCUAACGAAUGUUAUUUUAAAUAUUUGUAUACAUUCUUUGAAGACCCCGGUACCCAAACCAAUAAGGAAAGUUAAUUCCUUGUUUAUGACUGUUAUAUCUUUAGUGGCUGCUUCCUCUUACUCCCACAAUCUCCUUUGCAUUCCAUGACAAGUUUGUGGAUCUACACGUUUAUGUAGGCAUAUUAUUAUUUCACGGCCAAGCCUGUAAUAUUAAAAUGAUUUUUUAAAAAGAUGUAAGUUGCAGCUUAGUUAAUUGGUUAUACCUUAUUUUGUUCUAAAUACGUUUACGAUAUUGGACAGCAAUUCUGAAUUCUAGACUUCAGACCAUUGAAUCAACCAUUUAUGAGGUGUACUAUAGUUAUUAUACACUGGAAAAUUCAGGUAGUCAUCUUUAAUUUUUCAUUCAAGAGAAUAUAGCCAUAAGAAAAUAUCUGCUACAUAGGAAAACCAGUAUUAAGCAAAUAAUCACCACCACCCUUAACAGAAGCAAAAAAGAAUUAUUAUUUUUUAAAUCAGCAUUGUCUUACAAUACAGUUCUUAGUGAAAUGUAUUGUGGAACAAUCUGGAAGCUUCCAAUUUUUUUUCCGUAGAUAAGUAUACCUUCCCUGACAUGGGAUUUGUGGUCUUCAGGAAAACUGCUCAGAACAUAUUACAUCAGUAUCAUAUUACAUGUGAAUAAUGAAAUGCAUUAAGCAUAUCCACAACAUUAACGCUUCUAAAUAUGAGAACUGCAGGAUUAAGCCUUAAACAUAUAUGUGCAUCAGGUUUAACAUGCUUAAGACUCAAACUCAGGGUUGAAAAUUUGAUUGGGGUCCUUUACUAAGAUGUAAGUCGCAUUAUGUGCUGUGUUCAGUCCCACAUACAGUACAGCACCCCGUGACUUCUUCAAAACUUAUUACCUACUUGCUAUCUGCUUAGGAAGAAAGGAAUUAUGGAGGAGUUUGAGUUCUCAGGCCUUAUCUGUACUUAAAUAAGUCUUUUAAAGACAACAAAGGCCACAUUUCAGCAUUAUAUAGAUGUCAGAUAGAGGCUGCUUCUCAUUCCUUAAUUUUACUGUCUUGAAAGGCUUGUAUCAUUGCUAGAGUUAAGACUUAAGGAAAAUUCCCGAGGACUUUCUUGAGUUCACAUUGCUUUUUUUUUUUUAUUGCAUUUUUCUAUUCUUUUAUCAUAGGUUUGUCAAAUAUGAACUCUUCCUUAGCCUUAGUGAAAGGCUGCUUGCUGCUUUCUCAAAUUGAGUCAGGUAGGCUCAUACUGAGUUAGAUUUUUUAAUUUGAAUGAGGAAAAUAAGAUGAAAAGUUUAAAGGCAUGUGGCUUCAUUUCCACCUGUAUUUGUGAUUUGAUUCUUACUUUUAGCAAGCAGGGAGGUCUCUACAUAAAACUUUACGGUAGUUCAAAAACCUUUGCAAAUCAGUUACAUUUACUUGUACAGUCUACCAUUUACAUUAACUGUUCUAAAUUAAUGGCUGAGCAUGGACAUUACCAUAGUUGUACCACCUUUUUAAAAACUACAUUUGUUGGAAGUACCUUUUCAUUGUGGUUAGAACGCUCCCUAUAAUUUGAAUGUCCCUAGUAUACUAACUGAAGGCAAAAUACUUUGAAGAGAUGUUUGUAAACUUUGAAUUUUCUACUUUUUAAAAAUUUUUCAGUUUUUAUGUUUGUUGAAUGGAUAAGUAUGUUUAGCUUAGUUUUGAUUUCACUGGAAGUUUUAAAUUUUGAGAAGAUCAAGCAGAACUAGAAAUCCAUUGCAAAUGUAUAUAUAUUUAUCCCAUCUUGCAGAUUUUGGGUAGUGAAACACAGAAUGGUAGGUGGGGUUUUAUUGUUU